AUGGUAACGCCUACUCUUCAUUCACACAGUUGGACGGAUCCAAACACAGGAGAUGAUGUUUCCUUUAAUACUCUUCACUCUACGGUGGAAGUCUGCACAAAUGCCUCUUGUCCACACCGCUCGGCAUUAGAGAAGGAACGGCGUACUUCACUACAGUUGACGGCUUCUCAUCAAGUGAUGGAGGAAGUUCAACGUUAUUUAGAACUCAAAUGUGAACGACUACAAGCGGAAUUAAAUACUUGCAGACAACAACAAGAGAAAUUAGAUACAUUAGCAUCACAGGAAAGAAAACGACGAAUUGCAGUAGAGAAUGAACUUCAUACAUUACAGUUAAAUAUGAAGAAGAGAUCUUUUGAUACCCACUAUAGUCUUGUCACUCAAUCCACAGAAGUGGAAUGUUUACAAGAGGAAAAGAAAUUACUGGUGGAUCAGGUACUGCAAUUACAGACAGCACUAAAUGAAAUGAUAGAACUUAAUGAAGUUCUUCAACACGCCCUUCGAUCAAACGAUACAAACACUGUUGUAACUAUGGAAAAGAAUACAGAUCCAGUUACCAAUACUACUACUACUACUACUACUACUACUAAUAAUAAUAAUAAUAAUAAUAAUAAUAAUAAUAAUAAUAAUAAUAAUAUUGAUAUUGAAAAAGAAGAAGAAGAAAACGUUCCAGUGGUGAAAUCAGAGGAGCCCGUUGUGAAUCCACAAGACUUGCAGAGUGUCGUAUCAUCGAUGCCAAGGCCUCCACUUUCUCCUUCUUCUUCACCUUUAGCACCACUGGUGGAAAUGAGCGGAGAUGCAGAGAUGUUGAAUGAGAACAAACAUGAGGAGAUAAACAAUGGUAAUAAGGAGGAAAUCACAUCCAAUAAGAGUACUGCAAGGAGUAGUAGUAGUAGUAGUAGUAGUAGUAGUAAAGAUAGUAACAAUACCUCUUUAGAUAUCAUUCAACACAAUGAUAAUGAUAAUGAUAAUGAUGAUAGUGUUGUUGCUGUUGAUAAUGGUAAUAGUAAUGAUGGUGAUGAAUCUAAAUCUGUAGUGCAGUCAAUGCAGGGUGCUCUUUCGGAACUGGAAGCUCUGAGGUCUUUUUUGAGUUCUUUACAGAAAAAAACUUAG